CCAUUUUAUUGUAGCUUGCAGAUACAGACAGGCGGUUGGACGAAGGACGGGAUCAGUGUUUGUUUUAAAAUACGUUACGUUUCUCAUUCACGUUUGCGGAGUAUCAAUUUUUGUUUUGAAAAUUGAGGCCUGUUGAAAUGGGAGAUCCAGCCAUGCACCGAGAUUGCCCUCUCGACUGCAAGGUCUACGUGGGAAACCUGGGGAACAAUGGCAAUAAGACAGAGCUGGAGCGGUCAUUUGGCUAUUAUGGGCCACUUCGCAGUGUCUGGGUAGCUAGGAACCCCCCAGGCUUUGCUUUUGUGGAAUUUGAAGAUCCAAGGGAUGCAACCGACGCAGUGAGAGAACUUGAUGGAAGGACAUUAAGUGGUUCCCGUGUGCGGGUGGAGCUGUCCAAUGGUGAGAAACGCACCCGCAACCGGGGUCCUCCUCCAUCGUGGAGCCGACGUCCUCGAGAUGACCAUCGUGGGCGUCGUGGUAGCCCACCCGCCAGGCGCAGAUCCCCACGUAGGAGGAGCUUCAGCCGCAGCCGAAGCAGGUCUCUCUCCAGAGACAGGAAGAGGGAGAGAUCUUUGUCCCGGGACAGGAACCACAAACCCUCAAGUUCAUUUUCCCGAUCAAGGAGCCGCUCCAGGUCUACGGAGAGAAAGUAAGGAAAUGCAUGGCAGUCCAGUUUGACGGCGAAGAAGAUUAAUUAACUUUUUUUUUUUACGGAUAUUUUAGCGGUUUUGUUUUUGCUUCUCUGUGACAUGUAUCCAAUUCCUCUGUAUUUUGUAAAUAAGUUGGUAUGCAGGUGUAACGCAUUACUAAAAUGGUUGUUAGUCCUGUUAAUGCCAAGACAUACCGUAGUUGUCCACAAGCAGUAUUCCAUUUCAUCAAUCAUUAUAAGCGUUCUCUAUUUGUCCAUGAGUACCAGCUCACGGAAACACACCAUUCUAAAUAGUCUAGUGCUCAAGUCAUGUUCCAUGUCAGCAAGAUUAGUGUGUCUGGAUGUGGUGGAAGGCUAUGGUCAGCUAUCCUAUUGUCGGUUAAUAUACCGAUAUGUUUUCUAUUGACCUCUAGGACUUCCACUAUUCUUCCAGUUCCUGUUGAUAAAGGUUUGUCUUUGCAAAUAACGGCACCCUUAUUUUGACUACAAUAGCCCACUGUUUUUCUUUUCCUUGAUAUUUGUACUACUUAUGUUCUCUGAAUUAAACUAGUUGUAAAAAGGC